CCUUUGAUCUUUCCGCUUCAAGAUGGCGCCGGUGUUGAGCAAAGUUCUCUCGAGUAAGCUUUCUGCCACUGUAGUAACUGGCGCCUUCUUGGUUCAUCUCCUCCGGAGUAAUCGAAAAAAGACACAAAUACGAAGAGUAGAGAGUGUUGCUGAUUUGCCUGCCUCCAUAGAUGAAAAGCCAAUUGUGAAGAAAGUCAAAAAGGACCGAGCUGCGGUUGAUAUCGUCUUCUUCAAACGUUUAGUGCGAGUUCUUAAAGUUCUCGUCCCAGGAUGGUUUUCGGCAGAGGUGGGGUACCUUGCUUUAGUGGCGCUUGCCUUGAUGGCGAGAACGUACUGCGAUGUCUGGAUGAUCCAGAACGGAACGGCCAUCGAAAGCUCUAUUAUUGGUCGGGAUAUCAACCUCUUCAAGAAGUAUCUGUUGAACUUCCUCUACGCCAUGCCCGCGAUUUCACUCAUCAACAACCUACUGAAGUUUGGUCUGAACGAGGUCAAACUUCGGUUUAGGACGCGGCUAACUUCCCAUCUGUAUGAGCAGUAUUUGAAGGGAUUCACGUAUUACAAGAUGAGUAACCUUGACAACCGCAUCGCUAAUGCCGACCAGCUCCUGACGCAGGAUGUGGAGAGGUUCUGCAACAGUGUGGCCGAUCUCUACUCCAAUCUCAGCAAGCCUGUGUUGGACAUUCUCAUCUACAUACGAGAAUUGGCGGCCAGUAUAGGAGCGCAGGGCCCCGCCUACAUGAUAGGCUACCUACUCUUCUCAGGGCUGGUGCUUACAAGGUUACGUCGGCCAGUAGGUAGAAUGACAGUGGAGGAACAGCGAUACGAAGGGGAGUUCCGUUACGUCAACUCUCGCCUGAUCACUAACAGCGAGGAGGUGGCGUUCUACCAGGGCAACAAGCGGGAGCAGAGAAACAUCUACCACGCCUUCAACAAGCUGGUGGACCACUUACGCAACUUCAUUUUCUUCCGUUUCUCCAUGGGAUUCGUGGACAACAUCAUCGCAAAGUACUUUGCUACAGUAGUGGGCUACCUUGUGGUCAGCCGCCCCUUCAUGAACCUUAACCACGCCCCUUUCAAGGGUCAGAGCCACUCCUUCAUGAUGCAGGAGUAUUACCAGGCGGGGCGCAUGCUGCUUCGCAUGGCUGAGGCCGUUGGUCGUAUUGUCCUGGCUGGUCGAGAAAUGACUCGAUUGGCGGGGUUCACGCAACGAGUGACUGAGCUGAUGACCGUCCUGAAUGAGCUGAACAUGGGACGCUAUGAGCGGACCAUGGUCCGAGAGGCCAAAGCAGAUUCUGACAGCGAGGAUGACAGAGAGCCACUGGUACCCGGCAGUGGUAAAUUGAUUCAUCGGGAUCAUGUCAUUGAGUUCAAGCAGGUUCCGUUAGUCACUCCGAACGGCGACGUUCUGGUUCGGGAGAUGACCUUUGAGGUCAAAUCUGGGGUCAAUGUCCUGGUGUGUGGUCCUAACGGUUGCGGCAAAAGCUCACUAUUCAGGAUACUCGGCGAGCUUUGGCCAUUAUUUGGAGGAACUUUGAUCAAACCAGAUGCCAAGAAACUCUUCUAUGUACCUCAGCGACCAUACAUGACCCUUGGCACACUGAGAGAUCAGAUCAUCUACCCAGACUGCAAAGAAGACAUGAUCAGAAAAGGCAUCUCAGACAAGGAUCUGGAACAUUCCAUGGCACAGGUUCAACUGAGCAACAUCUUGGAGCGUGAGGGCGGUUGGGAUGCGGUUCAGGACUGGAUGGACGUGCUGAGUGGAGGAGAGAAGCAGCGAGUAGCAAUGGCUCGUUUGUUCUACCACAAACCGCAGUUCGCAAUCCUGGAUGAAUGUACCAGCGCAGUCAGUGUGGACGUUGAGGGGUUCAUCUACUCGCAUGCUAGAGAGGUCGGGAUCACACUUUUCACAGUUUCUCACAGGAAGUCGCUAUGGAAACAUCAUGAGUACUACCUGAUGUUUGAUGGUCGCGGUGCCUACGAGUACAAGCCCAUCGACAAGGAAACCGUCGAGUUUGGGUCUUAAA